UUGAACAUGUUCCAUCACCGGUUCCCCAACUGCCGCGACUAAAGUGAAAGUGUAAUUGAUACAUCGAAAUUAAAGUCAAAAGCAUAAAAAAAAAAUUACUAAUUUUUCAUGCAUUUUAUUGAAGGGGAAAAAAUGUAUAUAAAACAUAAAAAUGUAUCGGGCGUUUGGUCCGGUAAUUAUUCAUUAAAAUGCCAGCUGCUCGAAAGUUUGAAGUAAUAAAAACUUCAAUCUUAAUGAGGGGAUUGCUAGAGUUUGCCAUUAAAAGUUGACAAAGUGUCUCAGUUUACCAGAAGAUUGAAAAAUACAAAAUGAAUGCUAAUAAACCGAAGAACUAGAGGAGGAAUUAAACCACUACUGACACUGGAUAUUUAUUCUAGUUAUGUGAUUGAGUGUGUUGAACAAGCCAGUUUUCCGCUUGAAAAAAAAUAAAUAUCAACUCUUAUCUGUUUUCCGAAGUUGUGAACUUGUGUUAAAACCUUAUGUUGUGGGGUGAGGAGAUACGGGUAUAAAGGUGCUCCAACAGGUGGUCAUAAUCCAGCGCACACGAUUCUCUACCCACGUUCAAUGUACUUGCUGUACCUCGAGACAAUCACAAUUCUACGAAUUAUCACAAUUCAUUUCUUCGCGAAUUAGCUUCUGCUUAUUAAAUUAAAUGUCAAAAACAUAAGCCAGAAGCAGAAUUGCUUGGAGAGUUCCAUUCGUUGGAUAAACAAUGGAACACUUGUAGGAUUGUAGAAAAUUAAUUAGGAAAAUACGAGUGAUGAGAAUGAUAUCAUAGAAAGUGGAAAGAGCAAGCGAAAACUGAGACGAAAAGUUUACCAGUAGAGAAAAUUUUAUCAAGAGCUUUGUGAGCUUUGCGUAAUGGAAUUUUUCGUAAACUUUUUUUAAACUUUUUCCAAUCUUCUGUGAGAAGAAAUCUGAAUUUUAUUCAGUCAAAGAAUUCAUAUUAUGUGUAUAAGCAGCAUAAAUAAGAUAAAACCGAUCAACACUUGUAAGACUGUAGAAAAUUGAUCAUGAACGUAGAGUUAAGUAAACUAAUAGUCUUGACUAUGAUGAGAUCAAAGAACGUUGGUCGAAGGAGCUCUUUCUAAAAGGACUCUGUGAAGGAGAAUGGCGGUAAAGAGCGUUAUCAUUAGUUAUGUCGACCUAAAGUAGACUACACACCUUUAGAAAGCUAAAAAGCACAGUAUCAUAAAGCGUGAAAGGAACUAAACGAGAGGGAAAGGUCUUUCCCCUAAAAUACCCCGCACACCCAAACUUAGAUCAACUUUUGACAACCCCCUCGCCCCCGCCACCCGGUCGCCUCAAAUCUGUGUGAAGAAGUCUCAAAACUUCUAUUCACUCUGAGACGCUUGUGAAGAGGACAGUGACACUCCAGAAUACAAUGACGAAUACUGUUUAUGAAGGAGACAAAUCCGAUCGAUACAUGGAGAAUCCUCGAAAACGAAUUUACAAUUAGGCCACGACCAACAACCUCACCAGGUAUGAAAACCUCUGGAUGAUUUCUCUUGGAGAAUAAUGGUCUUCAGAGUCUCGGCGAAAUCUUCAGCCAACGCCAAGUGCAUCAUCACAUGUUCAUAUUGAAGUAAGACAUCAAGAUGACUCCUGAAGUGUUGGAAAAUGAAACAAGUUUCCUGAAUGGAUCAACUGAGAACAUCGUGGAUGACUACCUAACUACGAACAUUUGGGUCCAGGGUAUUUUCUACUUGCUAUACGCUGCAAUAUUCUUGAUAGGGGUGUUCGGUAACGCCUUGGUCUGCUACGUAGUAGCUCGGAACACUCAGAUGCAAACAGUGACGAACUUGUUCAUAACAAAUUUAGCCUUGAGUGAUGUUCUCCUUUGUGUCCUUGCGGUUCCUUUCACACCGCUGUAUACAUUUCUUGGCCGUUGGGUGUUCGGUCAAACCCUGUGCCACCUGGUGCCAUAUGCCCAAGGAGUCAGUAUCUACAUCAGUACGUUCACAUUGACGAGUAUCGCAGUUGAUCGUUUUCUGGUGAUAAUUUAUCCUUUUCGUCCUAGAAUGAAGAUAAAAAUUUGUGUGUGGGUGAUAUUAGGAAUAUGGGCAUUUGCACUGCUGUUGACCCUACCAUACGGUCUCUAUAUGACCCUGGAGGAGCCGUUCACGUAUUGCGAGGAGCAUUGGCCAAGUGUUCGGCUGCGAAAAUUAUUCAGCUCGUUCACUUCGAUACUGCAGUUCGUUGUGCCAUUCUUUGUCAUUGCCUUCUGCUACAUCUGCGUUUCCAUCAAGCUAAAUCAUCGGGUAAGAUCGAAGCCUGGCACCAAGACUGGUAAGCAAGAAGAAGUGGAUAGGGAGAGGAAGAAGAGAACCAACAGAAUGCUCAUAGCCAUGGUCGCUAUAUUUGGAGUUUGUUGGCUGCCAUUGAACAUGCUAAAUGUCGUGGAUGACUUCUACGCUGAUACUAAUCACUGGAUGUACUACAGGUUGUGUUUCUUCAUCACUCACUGGCUGGCUAUGAGCAGCACGUGUUACAACCCAUUUCUCUAUGCUUGGCUCAAUGACAACUUCCGGAAAGAGUUCACGCAUGUACUACCAUUUAUAAAACCGAGAAACACCACUCCACGAACAACUGAGGCUUACAAAAGUGAAAAGCUGUGCAAUGGAAAUGAUACGGUACAGGAGAGUCUUUUAUCGACUCUUGCAUCAAGAUCGAAUCAAACCAGGGAGUCUAUACAACUGGAAUCAAGGCCAGUAUUGACGCCUGUGUUUCAUCCGACGGAGCUCACAAUCAACGAGUUCACCGGUGUUGAAGAUGCGCUUUUAUAAGAGCAAAUACCGGAGGCAAAACGUCAUCAAUGAAAAAAUAUGCACAACGACGAGACAUCAUCAAAAGAUUGACGAGCUGAAAGAUUCCCUCAUCGCCCAAUAAAUCUUCAUCUUCCGGGGCAUUAUCACAUUCAAGUACAGAAACUUUGGUUUCCGUGUUGUUCUACCAAACUCAGCUUCAAGUGUUAGCCGUCAACUCAUGAAUUCGACUCUCAUCACCAUUAUAAUUCAAGUAUGACGAUGGAUCGAACCCCUCAAAGAGGAAAUUAGCGAUAAACUUUGAGGGAUAACAUUUCUCCCCAUCAACUUCUUUCCACCCCGACAUGAAUUUCAAUGUAAUGCAGAUAAAUCGUAUCGCUGUUUUUGUGAUGGCACUCGUCAAUGGUCAAUUCAAAAACUAAAAAAAAAAUCAAUCUUUGAAGUUUUAAAUAACUGCAGCAAAAAAAAGUGCUCUCAGUCGUUCCGUCGAAACAAACAAGCUCGUUUUAACGAUUCGUUCAACAUGUUGAAUCAAUGAAACUUUUGAAUUCAUUCCAAAAGAGAGCACAGUGAGCCAAAUAACAAAUUUCAUUAAUUCCUGUAAUUUGUUUCACCUGUAUGAAUUGUAACAUAAAUAAUGAGAAUUUAACUUGCAAAGCAUAUAAUGCUGUUAGUGGUGGUUGGAAAAGUUUCACUAAUAUAAUUACAUGAAACAAUGGAGCUACUGUAAGUGACCAGAAGUAGAAAACUUUGGGGAAAAAAAAGCACUGAACCAUGUCAAAUGACAUUGAACGAAAAAAAAACAACUUUCUAAAACUGAUUGUAAUUAGUUUUUAGUGGGAGGACAACUUGUUCAUACGGAGUGAGUAUUAAUAGAAUUGUAUUAUGCUGUACAUAGCAACGCAAUUAAGCCGUACCGUCCUGUGUCGUAGCUAAAUAUAUGAAUCAAAUAUUUGACGAAAUUGAAAUAGUUGACAUGGUACAUAGAGCAAAACACAUGUUUGUCUACGUAAAGCGCUGAUUGCAAGUUAUUUAAUGUAAGGUAUGAUGUAAGGACUGAAGCAUCACACGGAUAUUGUCGUAGCAGUAGUCAUAAAUAAUGAGUAAACUAUAGUGACCAGCACUCCAAUCAAUUUUAUAACAUGGGCGGAGAGGGGACGAGCAGAUCAUUUACGUGGAAUUAUUGGAUAAUAGUGAUCAAUAAUGGUUGUCACGUACGACUAACCGAUAGGGAACUUUAUGUGAUAAAAUAUUUUCCUCUGGUCCAGGUUGAAUGAUCACCUGGAUAGAUAAGAGCAAUGGCUAGUCCUUAGGUUCUAAAUGGAAGAAAAGGGUCAUCAUUCGUGUCUUAGUACUGUCGGACAGGACUAUCAAUGAACAUUCAAUAAUUUUCUUAUCUUUCAUUCCACAUUUCGUUUCGUGUCCUUCAUUUUUUUUUUCCAUCAUUUUGGGUGACUCUACUAAUGUCCCCAAGGCAUCUGGGUAAAGUAUGUAACUUGGCCACCUUUCAUUUGAUUUCCGCGGUUCGGGUAAUAAAAUCUAUCUAUUUUUUUUGCUCGUUUAUGUUGUUCAUUUCUCUUCGGGAUUCGCGCGAAAUGAAUUCGAAAUUGGGUGAAGCCGUGCAAUCAAAUUUCGUUGGUAGAUUACAGUGUUAUCGAUAGUAUCGGAAUUAACUAGCUUUAUUUGAGGUAAUAUAAUUCGAACGAAUUUCAUUGUCCGUUUAAUUAUGCUUUUAGGCCAAUGAUUUAUGCCUGAAUCACCGUGAACAACAGCAGAUGACGAAUGAUUAUAAUAAUGCAGAUAGUUUCCCAUGGAUUAUGAUUUUAGUAAAUUUGAAAAAACCGACACGAUGAGGAGGAUAUAUCAGUAAAACUAUUUGUCAUUGACACGGCCAUUUAUAAAUAAGCUCGUCAUUGAUUGGUCUGAUACUUAACAAUCGGUGAUGUUAGUGAAAAAUGUGAUAAAUGCAAAAAAAUCUAGGAUUAACUGGUGUCGUGGUAAUUCAUUGCUUACAUAAUAUCUUUUUUAUCAUUUCUAUUAACGAUGAAUGAAUUCUGAGAGUCAGCUAAAGGGGUGCGUCACUCUUUCCUUUGUACCUGUUGUAUUUAGCUUGUGAAUAGUUGACCUGAAAAUUCAUGGUUGCUCCAGGCUACGUUGAGCGUCCAUUUAGCCCGCAUCAACCACGAAAAUGUAACUCACCAAAAUUUCAACUAACUUGAGAACCGAAAAUGAGUGUAAGUGACAUUGCUGGAGUAAUUUUCUAUAUUAAAAUAUAAUUUUCAUUUUUGUUAUACCCAAUUCACUAUAUUCUCUAUAAUGUAAAUUUCAGCUGGAAUAAAAAUACU